GUGCUAAUAAAUUAUAAUGGAAAGAAUAGAACAUUUGUGGAAUUCUUUAAAAUAUUUAACAACAUUAAAUGGUGACGAGGCAAAUGUGUUAAGAAUGUACUUUGUGUUAUGUUGUAAAGAACUUCUAUCUAACUUACAAUUACCAAAACAACAUUUUGGGCCUUCAGUUAUGUGUUCAGAAUGUGGUUCCCUUUGGUUCAAAAAUAAAUCUCAUAUUAGAAUUAUUCCUGGAAAAAGUCCCUCAAAAUCAGUAAAGCAUAUAAUUAAAUCUUAUUCUAAAAAUAAUGAAAUAUCAAAGUUUCAAACAACAUUAAUGAAAAAAAGUAUUAAAAAUAAAAUGAACAAAAUUUUAAUUAAAUGCUUGGUUUGCUCACAAAAUACAGAAAUUUGUUGUAAUAAAUUAAAUGGACCAAAAUUCUGUAAACAAGAAGAAAAGAAAAUCAAUGUUUUAUUUUCACAAUAUAAAAAGAAGAGGAAAGAAAAUGAUAAAACUGCUGGUUUAAAUUUACCUAAUACUAAAUUAUCAAAUAAAAAUAAAAACAUAGAAAUAGUAUCGAUACAUUCAACACCUAUAGCAUUAAAUGUAAAUACCUCAAAAGGAAAAGAAUUGAGUUCUAUUGAAAAGGUUAGAAAAAUUAAUCUGACCCAAUUAAAAUCAUUAUUGAGUGUUAGAAAGGUUAAGAAAUCAAAAAAUAAUCUCAGUAAUUUUCUUCAAGAACUUUAUUGACUAAGCUAAAGUUAUUGUAAUGUUUCAUCUACAAACAAUUGUGGUAUGAAUUGUAACAAUAUUUCACAUUAUAAAUAAAAUAAAUAAAGACAAGCUUGGUGGCUUAUUACACAACU